AUGAACGCUCCAGAUAGGUUCGAGCUCUUCCUCCUCGGCGAGGGCGAGAAGAAGGUCACCGAACAAACAGACACCCGAACGGCUAAUAGCGCCGUCUUCACCUUCAACAAGGAGGACCACACGCUCGCCAACAUGCUCCGCGCCCAUCUCCUCAAAGACCAACACGUAACCUUCGCUGGCUACAAAGUACCCCACCCCCUCUUCGCGACCUUCGAGCUCCGCAUCCAAACCGACAGCGUCAUCUCACCCAAAGAAGCGCUAGUCAACUGCUGCAAAUCCCUCGUCGGCGAUCUCGAGACGCUGAGCAGGGAGUUCACCAAGGAAUACGAGCUGCGGAAGAUGGUUGCUGGCGAUGGUACUGGGAUUGAUCAGUAA